AUGAAAUCGACUUUGAUGAUCUUUUUCCCCAAUCCAGACCUAAAAGAUAAAUGGAAGAACAAUGCAGAUGGGGAUGAUGGGUUCUCGAUGGCGGUGAUUUUUCAUGAGAAGGGAGAGAAGUACGGGGCGUUCUUCAUGUUCUUAAAGGAAGGAUCUGCUUUGAUAGAGAAGGAAGGGGAGUACUGGGCGUUCUUCAUGUUCUUAAAGGUGGAUCUGUUUGUGAGAGAGACUGCUGGGAAAUGGAAAGAGGUUCUAAAAGAAGCCGCAGAUCUCGCUGGAUGGGAGUUGAAGAACACUGCAAAUGGGCAUGAAGCCAAAUUCAUCCAAAAAAUUAUUGAAGAAAUUUCACUACAGUUACGUUCCGUUGAUUUCAAUGCUGAUGAAAAACUAGUAGGCAUGGAGACCAGGGUAAAGGAUGUUGUAUCAUCUUUAGAAAUUGAUAAGCCUGAGAAACACAGCCGAUUGUGGAUUGAUGAUGAAAUUAAAGAUAUAUUGGCUAAUGACUUGGGUACUAAAGCAACAAGAUAUAUACAAUUCCGGUUAAUGGGAUGCAAUUUUGAAAUUGUUAUGAAGGGUCUUAGAAAGAUGAAGGAACUUAGAUUUCUUCACAUGUCUCGGGGUAUAAUGCAUACUUUUGGUGGAGAAUGGAAAUAUGAUAAUGUCUUUCCAAAUGCUUUACAAUAUCUGCAUUGGUACUGGUACCCUUUCUGGUGUUUACCCAACACAUUUCAAGCUAAUAAUCUUGUUACACUUAAGAUGGAAUGGAGCAAUAUCAAACAACUUUGGGAAGGGGGAGAAAGUAAGGUUCUUAACAAGCUCAAGAUUCUUGACCUCAGUUAUUCAGAGUUGACGACCCUUGAUCUUGGGUCUAGUCCAAAUCUCGAGGUGUUGUCUCUAAGAGGAUGUCGUGACUUGGUACAACUUGACACGCUCAAUGGAUGUCGAAAGCUCAAAUCCAUCGACCUUAGCAAUUCAAAGUUGAAGACAAUCGACCUUCGCCCAGCUGUGAACCUCGAGCUCUUACAUCUUCAAGACUGCAACGCUUUGGUAGAACUUCACAUGCCUGGUAAAUGUCUGAAUCUCGUAUCCCUGACACUCACUAGUUCACAGUUGAGGACCCUACACAUUGGACAGACUCCAAAUCUGGAGUAUUUAGAUCUUAACAACUGUUAUGAUUUGGAAGACCUUCACAUGGCCGAUAAAUGUCUAAAGCUCACAUCCCUCAACAUUAGUCGUUCAAAGUUGAAAACCCUUGACCUUGGGUUGACUCCAAAUCUGAAGAAAUUAGAUCUAAAAGAAUGUAAGAAUCUGGUAAAACUUCAUGUUCCCAUUGGAUGUCUAGAAGAUCUUGUCUACUUGGACUUAAGUGGCUGUUUGAGGUUUACAUCUUUUCUGUUUGACGAAAGGAAAGAUGCUUCUAGUAGAAGGUAUGAAUCAAUCGAGGUUGGUCCUUUAGCCGAGUUACAUCUGAUUGCCAAGUCCCAAGAAACAUGCCCACUUCACCCCGAUAAUACUUUGCGAAAGUUUCAGUUUGAAUGUUUUUACAAAGAUGAUCCCACAUUGACUGGGAAUCUUGCGAAGCUUCUUUCUUUUGGUCUAUGUGCUUGCACAAACCCCAAGACAUUAUCAGGAAGCAUUUGUGGGUUACGGCGUUUAAGAAAGCUUAAAUUGGAAGGCUAUCCGGAGGCUCCCAAGGACCUUGACCAGGUAGAAUGUCUAAAAGAGCUAUGUUUUUCUAUGACAAAUAUGAAACAUCUUCCGGAUAGCAUUUGUAUGAUGAAACAUCUGGAAAUUCUUCGACUUAAAGAUUGUUGGAGUCUUGAGAAGUUACCCGAGGAUCUUGGCCGAUUAAAAUGUUUACAAAGUCUUACUUUGUCAUCUGCAAAGAUUAAACGUCUUCCCGAUAGCAUUUGUAUGUUGAAACAUCUGGUUUUUCUUGAGCUUAGUGAUUGUUUCUAUCUUGAAACGUUACCCGAGGAUCUUGGCCAACUAAAAUGUUUAAAGACACUAUAUUUGUCGUAUGCAAAGAUUGAACAUCUUCCUUAUAGCAUCUGUAUGCUGAAACGUCUGAGAAAGCUCACUCUUUUUCGUUGUUCUUCACUUAAGACAUUACCAAAGGAUCUUGGCAAAUUAGAACGUUUGGCAGGGCUAUAUCUGUCAUCCUCAAUCAUCAAACAUCUUCCGGAUACCAUUUGUAUGUUGAAACAUCUGAAAAAACUUGUUCUUGAUGAUUGUUCAUUACUUGAGAAAUUACCAGAGGGUCUUGACCAAUUAGAACGUUUAGAGCAGCUAGACCUAGGGGAGUGUAAGAUUUUACAAGAUAUCCCAAUCGGCAGCAUCUGUAAGAUGAAAUGUUUAAAAUGGCCUAGUAAUUCACAAAGAACUAUUCUAAUAGAUCCAAAUACAAUGUUAGAAUUGAUCAAGAAUUAAAUCCAAAAAAAUCCUAGAAACAGAUGUGGAUUUCAUGCAAAUAGUACUUAUCAAUUUUAUGUCCAGGAAGCAAUACAAAAUUGUGUAGAGAAGAAACAUCACAAGGUUUUGAGUGGGAAUUAAAUAAGUCAAAUUACAACGAGAUAUAUAGGACGAAGGAUUCAAGUCAUUGCGAGUUAAUUCAUGGUAAUUGGUAGAGAUGGAAGAAUAUCACAAGGUUUUGAGUGGGGGUUGAACUAAUCAAAGUACAAGGAGAUUGGAGGAAUGUUUCAAGUCACUAUGAGUUGAUUCGUGGUGCUUAGUCAACAGAGUUGACUUCUUCAGAAAGUCUUUGAUGAAAAUGGUGGGAACUUCGAUGUGAAUUUUUAAAUGAUCAUGUUAAUAGUAUGUUCAUGAACAUUUUUUGAAUAAUUUAAGACCAUAAAAAGUAUUUAUGUACACAAAAUUGUUCAACAUUGGUAUGGAU